GUUGACUGGAAAUACAGGUGAAAAGAUUUUCGUCUCAGAUUGUAAUGCAGCUUGCGUGUAGAAUAUUACGUGUAUUAUAUGGUAGAUCUUAGCGCAGAGAGGGUUAAUCAAGAGAUGUCCUUGAGAGUACGAGAAGUAAACCAUUAAUCAACACUGUUUGAGAACUACACUGUAACGAUGAAUACCAAGGCGGAAGACCAGUACGAUUAUAUUUGGAAAAUUGUGUUAGUGGGAGAUUCCGGAGUGGGAAAGACCAAUCUGCUGUCUCGAUUCACACGUAAUGAGUUUAAUGCCGAGAGUAAGAGUACAAUUGGAGUCGAAUUUGCAACGAGAAAUGUCACUAUCAAGGGAAGAACGAUCCGGGCUCAGAUCUGGGACACUGCAGGUCAGGAGAGAUACAGAGCCAUCACCAGUGUGUAUUACCGUGGCGCAGUUGGUGCUUUAGUUGUGUUCGACAUCACGAAGCAGCAGAGCUUCCAGAACCUGGAGAAGUGGCUGGAGGAGAUUCGUGAACACGCGGACCAGGAGGUGUGCAUCAUGCUGGUGGGAAACAAGGCCGAUCUGAGACAUCUACGAGCCGUGACCACCGAGGACGGGCGCAUGUUGGCAGAGAAAAGCAAUUAUUCAUUUAUUGAGACGUCAGCACUGGAGGGAGUGAAUGUGGGCGAGGCGUUUAACAAUCUCAUUGUCGAUAUCUUCAAACGGCAGGUGGAGGGGGGUGCGCACAACAACAAUACAGAGGCAGCUCGACACGGUGGUCAUGGCGAUGGAAGUAAAAUUGACCUGCAGACCGACAGUACAGAACAGUCAGGCUGUGGUUGCUAGGAUACGGUGUGGCGGUCAUCUUUAAACUAAUUGUGAAUAUAACCAGAUCUGGCUUCCUGCUAACCCUGUCUAUACCAGCCACCCAACAGACAAUACAAAGUGACCUUUGUGAGAAUUAGGCCUUUAUUGUGAGGUGGUUUUUAUACACAGGUUAAAAUAUGUACAUUUAUGUGCUGAAGAUACAGAUCUGUAGUGUCCAGUUUGUGGACGGGUGGUGGUUGUCAGUUAUAGACAGGUGGAUGAAUUCUGAGGUUAAGUGGUUCUUUUAAAAUAACGUGGAUGUUGUCCACUAUAGACAGGUAUUAUUAUAAGAUGUGUUCUGUAUCUGGGGUGACUGCAGGCUCAGUCAUUGUACUGUGCAAUGAUAUGGGAAGGUGACAAACUAUGUGAUCGGGGGGACACCGAUAGUUUGAGGGGAGAAUGCAGGAGGGGGGUAUGAGGUCUUCCCCUCAAUUAUUUUUGAAAAUCUUAUGCUCUAAAAUGUCUCUUGACAUUUUGGUGAACAUUAUAACUGAAACAUGCACACAGAAUAUGUACAUAUAAUUCAAGAAGAAUUUGAAAGUGGGGUGAGGUGGGGACACAAACAUAUCUUUACCCGGCUACUACUCUUAGUAAUAGAGCGGCACAUUCCUCUAUUUCCUAAGCUAGUGCUGUGUACGCAGAUUUUAUUAUAUUUUUAUUUAUUUUUUCUUAACAAUAAGACUUGUAGAUCUGUUAGUGAAGUUAGUUGAACAGCUGAAAUACAGUACGUGAGUUAACAAUAAAGUCAACUAGCCCACCCGUGGUUGGUUUCUGAUAUCAGAAAUUCUGAAGGUCAGAAAUGUACUUUGGCCAGAAAUUCCUACAGAUGACACCACAUGAUACUAGUGCCUUGUACAAGAAUAGUCAUGAACAUAACCGAUUGUGACAACAUUACAAUAUCAUCAGUUGCUAUGCAAUCGACUAUUGUCGUACGAGACACUUGUAUUGUGUGGUGUCGCCUUUAGACCUUCACUUGUUGGUUCGUCCACCUACUGUCACACUCUGCUCUGGUAACUCGGUGCAGGCUCAGUCUUCUAAGAUAGGUUGAUUGCAAACAUAUUUUAUUGUACAAAGAACAAAAGAAUUGGGCACAAUUUGACAACUUACGAGGCCCUCUUCUCUAUUCAUACAAUAUACUUGGCGACCUAUAUUACACAGCUGUAAAUAUAAACCAUGUGUAUACAUUCAAGGAUAACCAGUGGAAGGAAAUGAAUUAUAUACAACGGAAUGUGAAGGAAAAAAAAUGAUGCAAAGAUUACACAAAUAGUAAGUCACGUGCAGUUAAACUCGCUAUUACAUUUACAAAUAAUCCUUAAGGCUUCUGAGAAUUAAAUAUUUGCAUAAACCAUUUAUAUGGGCUACACAAAAACAAAUUCAGGUAAGCGUUUUAAGGUAACCCAUCAUAAACAUGUAAACAGAUCAAUAUUAAAAAUGGUAACAUUUUGGGUCCUGGCUCUAAAUUAUAUUAUAAAAUGUAUAUAUUUCCCAAUUUUUACACAGAAUAUUACUUUGACAUCAAUACACGAAACCACACAUAUUUGUAAUAUAUUUUGAACAUUAGUUAAAAAAAAAAAAACCUGUAUUUUAUUUCGGAAAUUAUUUUUCACAAAUAGGAUCACAUAUAUUUUCAAUUUGUUAACUUGUGAAUGAAUCAGUUUACAAAUUCAAAAUUUCAUUAAUUUUAUAAUCUCAAUGAUUUUAGACAUUAACUCUCACAUAUAUAAAAAUAUUAUUGAGUAGACCAAAUCAAAAAGUAUAUCUCAUGGUUUUCAGUCCACCUUCUUAAGCUGCUAAUUUAUACAUGUACAGGUGUAUUAGCAAAAUUAAAUGCUUAUUUAAAAGUACAUGGUCUCGUAAUUGCCAAAAUCAAAAUGUCAUAUCAUUAUCAGUUCUAUUGGGAUGCUGUGGUUAUUCUAUAAAGAAGACAUCAUUACAUCUAUUAGUACGUGUAAAACAUUUAACACUGUGUACACAAAAUAUUAAUUUGUCUGCUUUUUACUUAAUCAUUUAACAGUACAGUGCUGGACCCAUAUUCACAAAAUAUCGUAAGCCUAGUUUUACACGUAAACGUAAAUCUACGACUGAAGAGCUAUUCACGAAACAACGAAAACGUAAGUUACGUGUAAAGUUGGACGUAAA